AUGUUAGGGUGCAUGCCGUCCUACUCCACAGGUGUGCAUGGGCCGUCUCACUGCCCGAUUUUCACAAGCACGGUUGAGCUGCCCGGUUGGGGCAGCUUCACGGGCAGUAGCUGCAUGACGAAAACACAGGCGGAGACGAGUGCGGCGUUCGAGGCGUGGUUUGGGUUUUUCGUGGCAGGGUCAUUCAUUCGUGGAGGGGAGAGCGGUGUACCCGCGGGAGGGCCAAUGGCAGAGGAACAGCCGGAAGGUGUGGCAGCUGAUGCUGAAGGGGGAGUGGUGGGAACAGCACCAGAGGAGGCCGCAGCAGUAGCAGCAAAGGUGGAAUCAGAAAUGGCUUCAGCAGCAGGACGAGAGGAGGUGGGUGUAGGAAGUUGUGGGGUGCUGAAGGUUGCUGGAGCAGUUGAGGCAGCAGCAGCAGAUGUAGCAAGCACAAGUGCAGGAGGAGCGGGAGCAGCGGCAGCAGUGGAAGUAAAAGAAGAACUCAUAGCGGGAGCGGAGUGUGUUGGGGGGGAGGUCGCACCUGCAGCAGUAGCAGAGGGUGCUGGGGGGGAGGUAGCACCUGCAACAACAGAUGGUGCUGGGGGGGAGGUAGCACCUACAAAAACGGAGGGCGCUGGGGGGGAGGCAGCACCUGCAGCAACGGAGGAUAUUGGGGGGGAGGUAGCACCUGCAGAAACGGAGGGUGCUGGGGGGGAGGCAGUACCUGCAGCAGUAGCAGAGGGUGCAGGAGGGGAGGUAGCACCUGCAGUAGUAGCAGAGAGUGCUGCGGGGGAGGUAGCCCCUGCAGCACAACCAGAGGGUGCAGGAGGGGACGUAGCUGCUGCUGGUGAUGCUGCAGCUGGUGCUGCCACUGGUGCUCCUAUCCCCUCUACAGAGUCUUCUGGUGAUGUUGUAGAGGUGGGAGCUGUUAAGAAGACCGCUUUCCUCGUCGCCCGCGCUUUCCCUCAUUACCCUCCCCGACCCUCUGGUCGCAUAUGUUCCCGUAGUUGCCCACGCUCUCCCACGUUAACCACACAUCCCCUCGUCGCAAGUGCUAGUAGUAAACAUACCGCGCUUCAGAUCGUCACCCGCGCUCCCCUCAUCACCCUCGUCGACCCACACCGAUCCUCGCCGCCCUCACCUCCCUUGGUCACCGACAUUCCCUCUCGUCGCUCGCGCUUCCCCUCAUCACCCGUGCCGACCCUCGCCGCCCUCGCCUCCCCUCGUCGCCCGCGCGUCCCGUCGUCGGGCUUGCCUCCCAGUCACUCGCGCUUCCCCUCGUCAUCCGCCAUCUGCCCCCGUUCCCCCCAUCCUCUUCCCUGUUUCCCCGUAUCCCCUGCCGUGCUUCCCCCCAUCCUAUCCCCUCUUACCCCGUAUCCCCUGCCCUGCUUCCCCCCAUCCCCUUCCCUGCUUCCCCCCAUCCCCUUCCCUACUUCCCCCCAUCCCCUUCCCUGCUUCCCCCCAUCCCCUUCCCUACUUCCCCCCAUCCCCUUCCCUGCUUCCCCUUAUCCCCUUCCCUGCUUCCCCUCGUCCCCUCCCCUGCUUUCCCCCAUCCCCUUCCCUGCUUCCCUCCAUCCCCUUCCCUGCUUUCCCCUAUCCCCUGCCCUGCUUCCCCCCAUCCCCCUUCCCUGCUUCCCCCCAUCCCCUCCCCUGCUUCCCCCCAUUCCCUCCCCUGCUUCCCCCCAUCCCCCUCCCUGUUUCCCCCCAUCCCCUUCCCUGCUUCCCCCCAUCCCCUCCCCUGCUUCCCCCCAUUCCCUCCCCUGCUUCCCCCCAUCCCCCUCCCUGUUUCCCCCCAUCCCCUCCCCUGCUUCCCCCCAUCCCCUUCCCUUCUUCCCCCCAUCCCCUCCCCUGCUUCCUCCUAUCCCCUUCCCUGCUUCCCCCCAUCCCCUUCCCUACUUCCCCCCAUCCCCUUCCCUGCUUCCCCUCAUCCCCUUCCCUGCUUCCCCUCAUCCCCUCCCCUGCUUUCCCCCAUCCCCUUCCCUGCUUCCCCCCAUCCCCUUCACUGCUUCCCCCCAUCCCCUGCCCUACUUUCCCCCAUCCCCUGCCCUGCUUCCCCCCAUCCCCCUCCCUGCUUCACCCCAUCCCCUUCCCUGCUUCCCCCCAUCCCCUUCCCUGCUUCCCCCCAUCCCCUUCCCUGCUUCCCCCAUCCCUUUCCCUGCUUCCCCUCAUCCCCUCCCCUGCUUUCCCCCAUCCCCUUCCCUGCUUCCCCCCAUCCCCUGCCCUGCUUCCCCCCAUCCCCCUCCCUGCUUCCCCCCAUCCCCUGCGCUGCUUCCCCCCAUCCCCCUCCCUGCUUCCCCCCAUCCCCUUCCCUGCUUCCCCCCUUCCCUUUCCCUGCUUCCCCCCAUCCCGUCCCGUGCUUCCCCCAAUCCCCUUCCCUGCUUCCCCCCAUCCGCUUCCCUGCUUCCCCCCAUCCCCUCCCCUGCUUCCCCCCAUCCCCCUCCCUGUUUCCCCCCAUCCCCUUCCCUUCUUCCCCCCAUCCCCUCCCCUGCUUCCCCCCAUUCCCUCCCCUGCUUCCCCCCAUCCCCCUCCCUGUUUCCCCCCAUCCCCUCCCCUGCUUCCCCCCAUCCCCUCCCCUGCUUCCUCCUAUCCCCUUCCCUGCUUCACCCCAUCCCCUUCCCUGCUUCCCCCCAUCCCCUUCCCUGCUUCCCCCCAUCCCUUUCCCUGCUUCCCCUCAUCCCCUCCCCUGCUUUCCCCCAUCCCCUUCCCUGCUUCCCCCCAUCCCCUGCCCUGCUUCCCCCCAUCCCCCUCCCUGCUUCCCCCCAUCCCCUGCCCUGCUUCCCCCCAUCCCCCUCCCUGCUUCCCCCCAUCCCCUUCCCUGCUUCCCCCCUUCCCUUUCCCUGCUUCCCCCCAUCCCGUCCCGUGCUUCCCCCCAUCCCCUUCCCUGCUUCCCCCCAUCCCCUUCCCUGCUUCCCCCCAUCCCCUCCCCUGCUUUCCCCCAUCCCCUUCCCUGCUUCCCCUCAUCCCCUUCCCUGCUUCCCCUCAUCCCCUCCCCUGCUUUCCCCCAUCCCCUUCCCUGCUUCCCCCCAUCCCCUGCCCUGCUUCCCCCCAUCCCCCUCCCUGCUUCACCCCAUCCCCUUCCCUGCUUCCCCCCAUCCCCUUCCCUGCUUCCCCCCAUCCCCUUCCCUGCUUCCCCCCAUCCCUUUCCCUGCUUCCCCUCAUCCCCUCCCCUGCUUUCCCCCAUCCCCUUCCCUGCUUCCCCCCAUCCCCUUCCCUGCUUCCCCCCUUCCCUUUCCCUGCUUCCCCCCAUCCCGUCCCGUGCUUCCCCCCAUCCCCUUCCCUGAUUCACCCCAUCCCCUUCCCUGCUUCCCCCCAUCCCCUUCCCUGCUUCCCCCCAUCCCCUUCCCUGCUUCCCCUCAUCCCCUCCCCUGCUUUCCCCCAUCCCCUUCCCUGCUUCCCCCCAUCCCCUGCCCUGCUUCCCCCCAUCCCCCUCCCUGCUUCACCCCAUCCCCUUCCCUGCUUCCCCCCAUCCCCUUCCCUGCUUCCCCCCAUCCCCUUCCCUGCUUCCCCCCAUCCCUUUCCCUGCUUCCCCCCAUCCCCUUCCCUGCUUCCCCCCAUCCCCUUCCCUGCUUCCCCCCAUCCCUUUCCCUGCUUCCCCUCAUCCCCUCCCCUGCUUUCCCCCAUCCCCUUCCCUGCUUCCCCCCAUCCCCUUCCCUGCUUCCCUCCAUCCCCUUCCCUGCUUUCCCCUAUCCCCUGCCCUGCUUCCCCCCAUCCCCCUUCCCUGCUUCCCCCCAUCCCCUCCCCUGCUUCCCCCCAUUCCCUCCCCUGCUUCCCCCCAUCCCCCUCCCUGUUUCCCCCCAUCCCCUUUCCUGCUUCCCCCCAUCCCCUCCCCUGCUUCCCCCCAUCCCCUGCCUUGCUUCACCCCAUCCCCCUCCCUGCUUCCCCCCAUCCCCUUCCCUACUUUCCCCCAUCCCAUGCCCUGCUUCCCCCCAUCCCCCUCCCUGCUUCACCCCAUCCCCUUCCCUGCUUCCCCCCAUCCCCUUCCCUGCUUCCCCCCAUCCCCUUCCCUGCUUCCCCCCAUCCCUUUCCCUGCUUCCCCUCAUCCCCUCCCCUGCUUUCCCCCAUCCCCUUCCCUGCUUCCCCCCAUCCCCUGCCCUGCUUCCCCCCAUCCCCCUCCCUGCUUCCCCCCAUCCCCUGCGCUGCUUCCCCCCAUCCCCCUCCCUGCUUCCCCCCAUCCCAUUCCCUGCUUCCCCCCUUCCCUUUCCCUGCUUCCCCCCAUCCCGUCCCGUGCUUCCCCCAAUCCCCUUCCCUGCUUCCCCCCAUCCGCUUCCCUGCUUCCCCCCAUCCCCUUCCUUGCUUCACCCCAUCCCCUUCCCUGAUUCCCCCCCAUCCCCUCCCCUGCUUCCCCCCAUCCCCCUCCCUGUUUCCCCCCAUCCCCUUCCCUUCUUCCCCCCAUCCCCUCCCCUGCUUCCCCCCAUUCCCUCCCCUGCUUCCCCCCAUCCCCCUCCCUGUUUCCCCCCAUCCCCUCCCCUGCUUCCCCCCAUCCCCUCCCCUGCUUCCUCCUAUCCCCUUCCCUGCUUCACCCCAUCCCCUUCCCUGCUUCCCCCCAUCCCCUUCCCUGCUUCCCCCCAUCCCUUUCCCUGCUUCCCCUCAUCCCCUCCCCUGCUUUUCCCCAUCCCCUUCCCUGCUUCCCCCCAUCCCCUGCCCUGCUUCCCCCCAUCCCCCUCCCUGCUUCCCCCCAUCCCCUGCCCUGCUUCCCCCCAUCCCCCUCCCUGCUUCCCCCCAUCCCCUUCCCUGCUUCCCCCCUUCCCUUUCCCUGCUUCCCCCCAUCCCGUCCCGUGCUUCCCCCCAUCCCCUUCCCUGAUUCACCCCAUCCCCUUCCCUGCUUCCCCCCAUCCCCUUCCCAGCUUCCCCCCAUCCCCUUCCCUACUUCCCCCCAUCCCCUUCCCUGCUUCCCCUCAUCCCCUUCCCUGCUUCCCCUCAUCCCCUCCCCUGCUUUCCCCCAUCCCCUUCCCUGCUUCCCCCCAUCCCCUGCCUUGCUUCACCCCAUCCCCCUCCCUGCUUCCCCCCAUCCCCUUCCCUACUUUCCCCCAUCCCCUGCCCUGCUUCCCCCCAUCCCCCUCCCUGCUUCCCCCCCAUCCCCUUCCCUGCUUCCCCCCAUCCCCUUCCCUGCUUCCCCCCAUCCCCUUCCCUGCUUCCCCUCAUCCCCUUCCCUGCUUCCCCUCAUCCCUUCCCCUGCUUCCCCCCAUCCCCUUCCCUGCUUCCCCCCAUCCCCCCCCCCCCUGCUGCCUCCCAUUACUCUCAUUCUCCUUCCUCCUGCACUCACACCUCUCAGUCCUCUCGCACUCUCUCUCUCCGUCCUCUCGCACUCGCACUCUACUCCCCACCACCCUCAGCCCUCCUUCCCCUCGCACCCACCCAUGUUCCCACCUGCCCUCCCCAUCCCUGCCUUUCCCUCCCUGCCCUGCCCUUCCCUUCUCCAUCCCUUCUCAAACCUCCCCUUUCAUGUCAUGCCCUCACCUUCCCCCUCAUCUUCCGCCCUCCAGUUACCAUGCAUGUGCACCCAUCAUUGUCUCCCCAUACCGGUACAUGCUUUCAUCAUGUGCGCUUGCUUGUGUUCCCCUGCAGUUUUUCCCUUGGCACCUCACACCACUUCCCCCAUGUUCCAUCACACAAUUCUUUCUGCCUACUCCACUCUCCAAAUUUUCAGUGGUGAAGCAGAGGAGCAAGCUGAGGCGCAGCUAG